UUCAAUCCUCCCAUUGUUAUAUGUUUAUUAUUUGGGGGUUUCAUUCCUCUAAUUUAUUAAUUUUGGAGGAUGAUAUUACAUCAGCUCCAUGUACCUAUCUUUUGCAGAUAGAUUUGUACUAUUUUCCUAUAGAAGUAGACCAUGCCUAGGAAACGCCGACCACCACCACCUCCAAUUCAGCCAGCUAAAAGGCCUAGAUCUGCUCGGCUGCAAGCAAGGAGAACCGGGUUAAUGGUCGACCCUCCACCAGCCGUUAACAACACGGAGGAAAUUGUCGCACCACCAUCAGCCGUAAAUAACAGAGAGCCAACGGUCAUACCACCACACGCAACCUUGUCACCAGACACGUUGGAGAUGAUCAUUUCAACGGUCACAACCAGGGUCACAGAUGCCCUUAUACCUCUCCUCCCACAGCGGGUUCCUGCUGAAGAAGCUAAUACACCAGUGGAGGUUCCACCCCAAACGCGCACCGAUGCAUUGGUGGAGUCAGCCAUCACCAACGUUCGGGGCCUGCUCUCAGGUGAGAAGGACCCUCCACCACCCCCUACACAUGACCUUCAGACAGUUCAAUUUUCGCUCGACACAAGAGUUUCCACAAAGACAAAGGCGAAGAUUUGGGAUAAUGAAUUUUUAGAGUUUGGUAUUCUAUUAAGCAAUCCCUGGUCAGAGGACAAAUAUCAGUUAAGUGUCUCAUCAGGUAGUGGGGGCCGGCAGCCCUCUAUUUGUCUAGAGCCCACUACUCGGCCUAAACGGAAUCUGACUAUGGAGAUGUGGGCAUCAGCCUUCAGAAUUUUUGUGGCGGUUUAUACCCAGAAAUAUCCCAAUGAGGCCCCAGCCCUCAUGAAAUAUGGGGAAACGAUCCAUGAUUUGGCUAAUCGUGGCCACAAUUGGCGUUAUUAUGAUGAAACAUUCCGUACGCUGCGCCAGGUAAACCCCUCCCUGUUCCCAUGGGCCAAUAUCCAUUCCGAAUUGUGGCUUCGGUCACAUGUUUUGGUAACUAAACCUGCCAGUACCGGAAGAAUUCCAAACAAAUCACACCAGGCUAUCCCAAAAGGUUUCUGUUACCGUUUCCACAGUGGCAAGGCAUGUUCGGGUUGCGACUUCAAGCAUGCAUGUUAUCUCUGCAGUGCUGGUAGCCACCCUGCCACUAAAUGUUUUCGUCCCCAACGGCAACAACCGGGAGGACAAUCGGAACAUGCCAGGCCCCAAUCUUCCAACCCCGGUAAAAAGUGAACGUUUUUUACAUUUACUUUCUGGGUAUGAACCAGCCAUUUUUGCUUAUCUGUCUAAGGGUUUCAAUUCAGGUUUUUCCUUGCAUUUUGAAGGCACAUUAGAACCCCUUGAAUCUCAGAACCUGCUUUCGGCUUCUGAACAUCCUGAAAUUGUUGAUGCCAAGGUCUUCAAAGAGCUGGAGGCCCAUAGGCUUGCAGGUCCCUUUGCAAUCCCACCAUUUUCACCCUUUCGGGUAUCUCCGUUGGGGGUUGUACCUAAGAAAACACCCGGUGAAUUUAGGCUUAUACAUCAUCUUUCUUUCCCUAAAGGGAUUUCUAUCAAUGAUGGCAUAAUGCCAGCUAAUACAAGCGUCCGUUAUGCCACUAUCGAGGACGCUAUUCGAUUUAUUCGGCAUAAUGGUACCAGCUGUUAUCUUGCUAAGACUGACAUAAAGAAUGCAUUUCGCAUAAUUCCUAUCGAUCCUAAGGACUACCCCUUGUUGGGUUUUAAAUGGAGAGACUCUUACUAUUAUGAUCGAUGCAUGCCUAUGGGUUGUUCCAGCUCCUGUAAAACGUUUGAAACCUUUAGUACGGCUGUGGAAUGGAUAGCUAGGCACAAAUUACAUAUACAUUCAAUCCUCCACCUUCUUGAUGACUUUUUGAUCAUAGCCCCUACCGAAGAUCUAUGUAGGGCGCAACUACAACUUUUUCUGGACCUAUGUCACUAUCUGGGUAUUCCCAUAGCACCAGAGAAAACAAUGGGACCUGCCACUACUUUGCAGUUUGCGGGUAUUGAACUUGAUACCCAAAUGUUAGUGGCUCGCCUACCACAAGACAAAAUUGACAAGUCUAUACAGCUGAUUACUAGUUUUUUGCGCAGAAAGAAGGUGUCCCUCCAGGAGUUACAGUCGCUAAUUGGAAUGCUAAAUUUCGCAUGUUCUGUUGUCAUGCCUGGCAGGGCCUUUCUGAGGCGGCUGAUAGAUCUCACUAUUAAUGUUAGGGCCCCUCACCACAAGAUCAGACUAAAUAUAAGUGCCAAGGAGGACUUAAAAAUUUGGCUGUCUUUUCUUCAGAACUUCAAUUGCAAGUCAUUUUUCCUUGACGAGCACUGGGUGAGCUCACCUAAACUUCGGCUCUUUACUGAUGCUGCAGGCUCUCUGGGUUAUGGGGCAGUUUUUGGUGACGAAUGGUGCUAUGGGCAAUGGCCCGAUACAUGGGUAGGAAAGAACAUCGCUAUUCUGGAAUUCUAUCCCAUUGUCCUUAGUGUGCAUUUAUGGGGGCAUAGAAUGACCAACCAGUGCAUUUUAUUUUUUACUGAUAACGAAGCAUUGGUUUACGUGAUCAAUAAACAGAGCUGCCGGGAUAAAUCUCUAAUGUUUUUUGUCCGCCACUUGGUCGCCCUUUGUCUUAAACAUAAUAUUCUUUUCAGAGCAAAGCAUAUACCAGGUGUGCAUAACAUUUUAGCAGAUUCUUUAUCUCGUCUCCAGCUUCAGGUUUUCAAAGAAAAAGCCCCAGCAACAAUGCAUUCCAACCCGACGGAAAUUCCGUUGUCUCUGUUGCCACAACAUUGGGGCCCAUAGUUGAAACACUCAUGGCUUCAAGCCUUCAGCAAUCAUCCAUCCCUACCUAUAGACGGGCUUGGCGUUUAUUUAACCAGUUCCUCAGCGCUACCUUCCAGAAUUGUGCUGUACAGCUGCCCAUAUCGCCAAGUAUGGUAGCUCUUUUUAUUGCAUAUUUAUUCGAUCAUCACUAUGCCCCUUCAACUGUUCACACUUAUGUAUCUGCGCUGGGCUAUUCACAUCGUUUAUCUAAUCUUCCUGAUCCAACUAAGGUUUUUUAUGUGAUCCAGAUACUCAAAGGCUAUAGCAAAAUUGGUUUUAAACUUGAUACUCGGCUUCCCAUCACCUUGCCAAUACUACAACGUUUGUUUACAGCAGCUCCUGUUAUUGGUUCCACGAAAUUUGAAUCAUGUCUUUUUCAAUCAAUGUGCUGUUUUGCCUUUUAUGCUUUCUUACGAGUUGGGGAAAUGACUCAAUCCAGUCAAACUCAGAAUACAGGAAGUCUGUUAACAAUUUUUCAACUAUCCCAACUCAAAGCGGAGACCGGUGUGGUUAAAGCUCUGAAAUUGACUUUUCAUAAUUUUAAACACAGCUACAAUCAGCGUCCCUUCUCCCUGAUAAUUCAGCGCCAGAACAGCCCUUGUCCAGUUAAUUUACUGCUGCAGUACUUAAUUUUGA